ACGACAAAAAAAAAAAAAGCUGCUGCAACUAUUUAGUUAAACUUGCAACGUUUAGUUUAAUUGACAAAUCAUUAUUUUAGACAGAACCUUAAUAAAACCUUCCUCCUUAAGUUAUCACUGAUCUCACCUUCUCCUGAGUACCUUUCAUCAGGUGAACAUACAAGUUGGACUAAUUCAUAGAAGACUUUACAUUUCAAGAGUCACAUACGCAUUUUCAUUGUAUAUUGAAAAUGAAACACGUUGCGAGAUUUAAUAAUAAUAGGUUGAGAUAUGCAUUUUCAUUGCACGCGGCACACACCAAACCAUUUUUUGACCUGGUUUCAUUUAUAAAAAAAAAUACUCUAAAACGUGGGUUUCAUUCAUUUAUCAUCUCUAUAUAUAUAUAUGCACGAAUUAGAUUUUGAAUUCAUUAAUUUAAAUCAACCCAAAAUGUAUAAAUUCGUCGUUUGCUUACUAACUUUGAGCUUUCUCUUGCUCUCUGGACUAUCAAACACAGCAUUGGCCCGAGUACACCAUGAAUCUUCAAAUCCAAAAAUAGGAAACGCGGUUCGGGAUCACAAGAUCUUCAACUAUAUGAAGGCUCGUGUACGUCCCAGUGCUUCAAUGCGUGGACCUGGACAAACCAAUUAGAACUGGCCAAAAUAUAUAUGUUUGUAAAAAUUAAUUUGAAAUAUUUUAUAUGAUAUUCUUUAUUAAAAUUUAUUUUAAAAUCAAUGAAAGUUAUGUUUUGUAACACUCAUAGCAAUUGAUUUUGCUAAUUUGCUGACGGGAAAGUACACAUGCAUGGAUAUGCUUUGUUUUUUAAAAGAUGUUUCAAUUAUUGCAUUUGUUUUUUUUUCAUCAAAUAUUGGUCAUUGAUCAUG